AUGUUCGAUGUCACGACGACAAGCUCCACUGGUUGCCGAGUCGCUAUUAUCACGAGUCGUACUUCUGAUGGAAAGGCUUGUGUCUUGGCAAAUUAUCGUGGAAUGGGCCAGCGAGAAGUGAAUGCAGCAUAUGAGUUCCUUAUCCCUAAGAUGGCGGAUGAGAAUCCUCACGUCUGGAAAGUAGCUCAUUGCAGCGUCGCAGCUCCUUUCUUUUUCCGAUCAAAAUCCCUCCCAGGCUUUGGUGCGCUACAGGAUGGCGGAGUCCGAGCCAACAAUCCUCUGGCAAUUGCGCUCAAGGAGUCAGUAGUCAUCUGGCCCUCUGCGAAAACCCAUGAUCUACUCUUGUCAGUGGGAACGGGCUCAUUUUCUUCUGCCGCUAAGCCAAUUGAGCGUGCUAUUGGUAUAUUGCAAGACAGUGCUAUCCCUCGUAUGAUCCGAGCGACGAUGUCCUCUCCAUGUAUGGAUGGCGAGCAAGGAUUCCAUGAGGCACUCAAUUUCGUGCCAGAUGUGGAAAGAUCAAACAUCUUUCGGCUGAAUCACGAGUUGCCUGAACCACUUCCUCGGUUGGACGAUGUGAGCAAAUUAGAAGAGAUGUCCAAGAUGCAUUUUACUGUUCCGACUGAACUAGUGAGAACUAUCUUGGCGACCGCUUUUUUCUUCUUUGAACUCGAUGAGUUGCCAAUCAAAAGCCAAGGAGCGUUUUUCUGUAAAGGCUCAGUUCUGUGCUCCCGAUCAUAUUCUAGGGACCUAGUGAAACUGGUCAUGGUGGAAUUUCCAGGCGCAAUGUUUGAAACGGCCCGUGGCCAACGCCUUGGGGACGUUGAUGAUGAUGAUGGUUGCCGCGUAUGUGGAUACUACCGCAAAAAGGUGGGAUUUUCAAUCAAUGGACUUCAUGAAAUGACAUCAAUUGGGAUUGCCGGUUCUUCGUUCUUCCAAAGGAUUGGCGGCUUUCCAAAGUCGGUGCAAGAGCUCCUCGAUGAUCAACAAGCCAAUUCCCACUUUGGUCGUGCAGACCAUUUGGUUGCUUCCUGGCCCCCGAAAAGGAAUUGCUACUGUUCCCCACGGGUUAAACGUCAUAUCAAAUUUUUGGAGCCAGCCUUGAUAUACAAGAAGCGGCGGCUAUGA